AUGAAAAAAGCUAUUAAUGUGAUUGAAAAAUUAAAAAUAUUUGGGGACGUAGGGAAAGUUGAUGCUGUUCUUACAAAUUGUAGAUCAAAUUUAAAUUUAAUUGGAGGAAAGAAACAUAUUUCUAUAUUACUUGAUAAGAAUGGAUAUAGAAAAUUUGAAAAAACACAUUCAAUUUUUAAUAGAAAUAAAAAAAUAUUAAGAGAAACUUCAAAUGAUUAUACUAUAUUAGCUAUGCUUUCUUUAGUAUGUACCCCAGCUCUUUUUUACAAAAAGUUUAGUAGCAUGAAAAAUAAUGUAGCUAGCUGUUCAAAUUUAGAAAAAACAUAUUUACUAAAUAAAGAGGAUAUAAAAAAUGGAGAGAUGAAAGAAAUAAAAGUAAAUGGUGAUAAAGAUAUGGUAUUAGUAGUAAAUAUAGAUGAUAAUUAUUAUUGUGUCGGACCAAAAUGUCCUCAUUAUUCAGCACCGUUAAGAUUAGGCUUAUUAACAAAAGAAUAUAUUACAUGCCCAUGGCAUGAUGCAAAGUUUGAUAUAAAAACAGGGGAAUGUAUUAAUGGGCCGUCCUUUGAUGAUAUUCCAAAAUAUAAUGUUGUUGUUGAAGGAGAUAAAAUUUAUGCAUAUAUACCAAAAGAAAUAGAAUUAUUUCAAAAAAAAAAAAUAUGCCCAUGUAGUGGUACAGGAUCAUGUGAAAAAGGAAAGAAAAAAAAAAUCGUAAUAAUUGGUGGUGGUGCAGCAACAUUAGGAGCUAUAGAAUCAUUUUUAAAAGUUGGAUUUGAUGGAGAAAUAAUUAUUUGUAGUCAAGACUCAUAUAAACCAUAUGAUAAACCAACACUAUCAAAAAAUAUAUCUAACUUAGAUACAAGUUCGGAAUUAUAUAAUGAAAUAAAAUUAAAAGAAGAUGAAUAUUAUGAUAAAAAAAAUAUUACUUAUAUGCUAAAUACUACUGUUGAAAAAGUAGAUGAUGAGAAUAAAAAAGUAUAUUUACAAAAUGGAAAAGAAAUAGAAUAUGACAAAAUACUUAUAACAACAGGUUUAAGACCUGCACCAUCCCCUAUACAAAAUGAUAUACAAGCUAAUAAUUUACUAACACUUAAUUGUUUAGAUGAUAAUAUAAAAAUAGCAUCUUUUGCUAAAGAAGGUUCUAAAUGUGUAAUCAUUGGAUCAUCUUUUAUUGCAUGUGAAUUAACAUCGUCUUUAAAAAAAAAAAAUGUAAAUAUUUCUAUGGUAUCUAAAAAUUCAGUUCCAUUUAUCGGAGCCUUUGGCGAAAAAAUCGGAACUAUUGUACUUAAUAUUUUAAAAGAAAAAAAUGUUGAUUUUUAUCCAAAUACUUAUCCAGUAGAAUAUAUAAUUGAUGAUGGAUAUUUUGCUUUGAAAAAAAAUAAUAAAACAAUACAUGGUGUUAAAUUAAAUACCGGAGAAGUUAUAAAAUGUGAUUAUGUUAUUGAAGCUUUGGGAUGUAAACCUAAUUCAGAAUUUCUUAAAAACAAAUUUAAAAACGAAGAAGGAUUUAUAUUAGUUGACAAACAUUUCAAAGUCAAAGAUUCUCAGGACAUAUACGCUGCCGGAGAUGUUUGCGUUUUUCCAUAUUUUGUCACAGGAAACCCCGUGAACAUAUGCCAUUGGAAUGUGGCGAUACAACAAGGGAGAAUAGCAGCAAACAAUAUGAUAAAGAAUGAUCAGACAACUUAUAAUUUUAUUCCAUUCUUCAAUACAAACAUCUUUGGUAAAAACUUCCGUUUUUCUGGUUUUGCCAAGGAUUAUGAAAAAAUAAUAUAUGAAGGAGAUGUAAAUAAAUAUAAUUUUAUCGGAUAUUUUAUUAAAAAUAAUAAAGUUGAUGCAAUUGUGACACUUGGAAAUAACAAAAUGGCUGCAUUAAAUGAGUGUCUACUAAAAAAUAAAGUUCCUAAAGUAUAUGAAUUAGAAGGUGGGUUAAAAAAUAGUGAUAGCAUGAUAAUGUCUCUCAAAAGUUAG